AUGCCGUACAUGAACGGCCGCGACCUCUUCAGCCUCAUCGGCAGAUGCGAGGGCAGCACUGGCUGCUCCAGCAACAGCGGGUGCAAAGGUUACCACUUGUGCUGGUCGAAGGUGAAAGGCCUCUCGAUGGCCUACGUCCUGGCCUUGUUUUUGGAUGUGGUCAAGGGUGUGGAUGCCAUCCACGAGAGAGGCAUGCUCCACACAGAUCUGAAGCCGGAGAAUGUCAUGCUAAACUGCGAGGACAAAAAAUGCUUCGCAGCGGUCAUUGAUUUCGGCUUGGUGUGCAACAUGUCAGAUCCGGAUGACUGCUGGAUUUCUGGCUCGCCAGGCUACAUGGCUCCCGAGGUUUACUUGCAAGAUGAGGAGGCUAUAUCUCGUCCUUCGCGCGAUGUAUGGGCCUUGGGUACCAUCCUCUAUCUGCUUCUGUACAAGCAACCUCCUCCAUACCAGAAUGAUCGAUCUGGCGAGCACGUCAUCGGCUACAACCCACUCAACGACACAACAAUCCCCCCACCGGAGAACCAGACACGGACAGACAAGCUUGUGGUUCAAAUGUUGCUGAAAUACGAGCUUCGCCCGAGCGUCCCCGACAUCAUCAAGGAGUUGCAGGACAUCAUCGCAGUGGACUUUGCCGCUGGUGGCAAGGCAAAGCUACCUCCAGCCGACAUAGAGCUGGCUCAGUCGAUGGCAGCAUUGUCUCCCACUGAACGGGGAGCCACUCAGCCCACGCCAGCGUGUUUGUUCGAGCAGUGGGGAAGGGACAUCGGAGACCUGCCAUUCCGACGUGAGUUUUGUGCGGACAAGCCACAGAAAGCCGUUGGACUUUUCCAUUGCGGCCCUUGCCCAAGCUUCGUGUGCAACCCUUGCUGCAAAUGUCGCGUGCUUCGCCACACGAAAGUAGUCAAGGAGUACUUCCGGAUGCAGGUCUGCCAGUGA